AUGGGUGAAGCGCUCAUACCAGACGACGAUGCCGUCGUACCUGUCGCAAUCGUCGGCCAGGCUUGCCGCUUCCCUGGAGAAGGCGCGAAUAUCGAGUCGCUCUUUGACAUGCUUAAGAAAGGCGGCGAUGCCUGGUCAGAAUUCCCUAGCGAUCGUCUCAAUAUUGACGGCUUCUAUCACCCGAGCGGCCAACGUCAGGGCUCCAUUGGCUUCAAAGGAGCUCACUUUCUCGAGGGUGACAUCAAAUCCUUUGAUGCUACGUUCUUCAACAUUUCUCAGGCCGAGGCACAUGCUAUCGACCCGCAGCAGCGCAUCUUGCUAGAGGUCACGUAUCAGGCACUCGAGAAUGCCGGCUACUCCAAGGAGUCGCUUGACCUUAGUGAGACUUCAGUCAACGUGGGAACAUUUGUGAAAGACUACGAGCAAGUCAUCCUACGAGACGCGGACUGGGCGCCUCAGUAUGCGGCAACCGGGACCGGUGCGGCGUUGCUUUCCAACCGCAUCUCGUACCAGUUUAACCUUCGAGGGCCCAGCCAGACCGUGGAUACAGGAUGCAGCGCAGGUCUCGUUGCCGUGCACAACGGCUGUCAGGACCUCCGUACCGGGCGAUCUGAUAUCGCUAUCGCUGCGGGUGUUGGAUUGAUCUUGACCCCUGCCACCAUGAUGCCCAUGACAGCGCUGAACUUCCUAGGAAAGAGCGGGAAGUGCUUCACAUUCACGAACAAGGCUGAGGGCUACGGCCGCGGUGAGGGCGUCGGCGUGGUCAUAUUGAAGCGACUCGAUGAUGCGAUACGCGACAACGACACCAUCCGCGCUGUCAUCCGCGGAUCUCGCGUCAACCAGGACGGCAGGACCCCAGGCAUCACCAUGCCGAGCUCCGACGCACAGCUGUCCAACAUCGAGGCGGUGUACAGGGAGGCUGGACUGGGCGUUGACCAGACUGCCUAUGUUGAAUGCCACGGCACUGGGACGCCCGCGGGCGACCCUAAAGAGUGCUUCGCCGUGUCUCGGGCGUUUUGUGGCAGUCGCGAUGCCAACAAGCCCAUUCUCAUCGGCUCGAUCAAGCCCAACGUGGGCCAUCUGGAGGGAGCGGCGGGCAUAGCUGGUCUGAUCAAGACAGUACUAGCUGUUGAGCGUGGUCAGAUACCAAAGAACUUGUAUUUCGAUCCCUCAAUUGGAAACCCGGAGAUCAAAUUCGACGAGUGGAAGAUCAAGGUCCCAACUUCACUCACCGACUGGCCGAGGGACGGUCUUCGUCGUGCAAGUGUCAAUUGCUUUGGCUUCGGAGGCACAAAUGCCCACGUUAUCCUCGACGAUGCAGGCUCGUACCUCGCAGCACGGUCCUUGCAUGUGCCUUACAUCGCAGAGCACGCCUCGGAACCUGACUUGCUGGCAAACUACGCUUACACGAUGUCGCGCCGUUCGGCUCUUGAGUUCAAGGCCUGUUUCAUUGCACGGUCUGCGUCUGACCUCGAGGAACAGCUCGCCGCACCAGAUCGCCUCAAUAUUCAACGCUUUCUGAGUUCUGACGAUGCAGCUCCUACUCUGGCGAUGGUCUUCUGUGGCCAAGGCGCUCAAUGGUGGGCCAUGGGCCGCGAGCUGAUGGACUUCGAGCCCUUCAGUAGCAGCCUCGUCGGGGCCUCCAAGUAUCUGUCCAAGAUCGUGGCUAGUGAUUUCGAUCUUCUGCAGGAGCUGAUGCACGAUGUACCUUCCCUGAGUCGCAUUAACGAGCCAAGAAUCGCACAGCCAGCGACCACGGCGGUUCAGAUUGCUCUCGUUGGCUUGCUCAAGGCCACCGGUAUUCUGCCCUCGGCAGUAGUCGGUCAUUCAUCUGGCGAGAUUGCGGCCGCAUAUGCUGCUGGAUUCUUGACCAGAGAGGACGCCUGGCUCAUCGCUUUUCGCCGCGGCGAGUACGCAGGCUCACUCCAACACUCACACCCGGAUGUCAAGGGGCUGAUGAUGGCCGUCGGUCUGUCCGCUUUGCACGUACAGGAGUACAUCCGCCGAGUCCCUCCUGGCACUGUCGUUGUUGCUUGCGAGAACAGCCCGGUAUCUGUCACACUCUCCGGUGAUGAGGCGCACAUUCUCUACCUCGCCCAGGAGAUGGAUGAGGACGGCGUCUUUCACCGACUACUGGACGUCUCGACAGCCUAUCACUCCUACCACAUGCAGUUGAUCGCGCAGACCUACCAGCAGUCUCUGGAUGAAGUAAGGCCUGUCAGCACCGCGCAAGGUCCACGAAUGUUCUCAUCCGUUACUGGUGAAGAGAUCUUUGCUUCGCAAGUCGGCGCUGAGUACUGGACCAAGAAUCUGACGUCAUCUGUACUCUUCAACCAGGCUUUCUUCAACAUGUACCAAGCUGUCAAGCCGAAGCUUGUGCUCGAGGUCAGUCCCGCUGCGACGCUGGCCAGGCCGAUUCGUGAGAUUGUCACUACCCUCGCCCCGGGAAAGACAACAACGGAGCUCCCGUACAUCCCGCUUCUGAAGCGAAACGAGCACGCUUCUGUCACGGCUCUGACGGCACUGGGCGACCUCUGGGCGCGCGGUUGUCCAGCUGACUUUUCGUGGGCGUGGAGAAGCAAAGAGGGCCUCUUGCCACAGCUUCUUGUCGACCUGCCUCCAUACCCUUUCAACCACUCCAAGAGUUAUUGGUUUGAAUCCCACUUGGGCGUUGCCCUUCGCCAGAGGCAACAUGGUCGCGAGGACCUGAUCGGUGCUCCUCUGGUUGAAUCCACUCCCCAGGCGUCUCGUUGGCGCGGCUUCCUUAGACUUGAGGAGAAUCCGUGGCUGAGUGAUCAUAAAGUUCAAAAGGUCAUCAUUUACCCUGCUGCCGGCCUGAUCGCGAUGGCUUUGGAGGCUGCGAGACAACGCAAUGAUCCUUCGUUGCGGGUGGAGUCCUAUCAGAUCUCCAAUUUCAUCAUUGUCAAGCCAGUCAUCAUCCCAGGAAACCAGCACGGCUUAGAGCACAUGAUCAACACUCAAGCAUUGAAGAUACCCUCACCGGAUGCCACCAACGGCAUUGCGGUCUACUCCUUCUCGAUCGAGACGAAGACAGAGCACGGGCCUUGGCAGGAGAAUGCAAAGGGUCUGAUCAAUAUCUCCUACGGCGGCAAAUUGGUGGACGAACCUACGAUUGAGACCAUCCAGUUCCAAGAUUACCGUGAUACGUACUGGAGACUGCGCUCUGAGUGCACUCAAGAAAUCAGCGCCCGUUCGCUGUACGAGAGGCUAGAUGGGAUUGGCAUGAACUAUGGACCUCUGUUCCAGAACGUCGUCUCCCUGGCGAGGGGCCAGCACACCUGUAUAAGCACGGUUCGCAUUCCCGAUACCAAGUCCAAGAUGCCAGCGCAAUUCGAGUACGACCAUCUCAUACACCCCGCUACUCUCGAUGCCAUGUUCCAGACAGUCUUCGCUGUUGGCGAUGAGACGAUGGUCCCGUCUUGCAUCCGGCAGAUUUACUUUUCGCCCGCCAUGUUGCAAGGGGCUGGUUCUGAAUUUCACGGAUACGCCGUCGCUCGGCGCAAGGGUUUCCGUGAGGCUGUGGCGGACAUCGUGAUGUCGGAUGACACAUUCAGCAAGCCCAUGGUUAUCGUGAAUGGCAUGGAGUCCAUAAAGCUGGCUUCUUCAGGCGCGUCCGGAUUCCUGCCAAGCAACCGACACCUUUGCAGCGAGCUUGCUUGGCAGGAACUGUAUCCUGUCUGGCCCGGCAUGCAUGGAUCAGUGCCAAUCAACAACGAUGCAUCUCUGGUCGUUCUGCUUCCAGACGGAGAUCUCUCUGAGGCGACCAGCCGCCUUUCUUCGGCCCUUGCUCUUCCCAGCGCCGAGCGCGUUCAGCUAUCUCAACUGACUUCGCAGCAAGCGAGCAAGCGCUGCAUUUCUCUUGUCGAAGUCGAUCAAGCCCUUGUAUUCAACAUGUCUCGUCCAGCUUUCGAUCAAAUCAAGCUACUCCUGAAGGCCACACCUGGUCUCCUUUGGCUUACAACAGGUGCUCAAAAGACUACAGAGAUGCCCCUGCUGGCCCCUUUCCACGGCUUGGCCAGGACCAUUCGCUCUGAGGAUUCUUCCAAGCGUAUUGUGACCCUGGAUAUCGGCGUCACUCAAAACAACAGUGAUGCAGCUGCGGCCGUAUCAGCCGUCCACAUCAUUUUUAAUAAGUCUUUCGUUGAGGCUGGCGAGGUUGAUAUACCCGAAGUCGAAUACUCUCUUCGCGACUACAAACUCUUCGUCGCUCGACUUCAUCCACUUGGAGACAUGAAUGAGGUGAUCGAGAACGGUCAUGAUCAAGCAGUCCUCAUAGAGACUCUGCCUCUCAAGACGUUCCGUCAACCGCUGAAGCUCAAGUUUGCGCCGAGUACAGAUACAACAAGGACGUACUUCGAAGCAAACGACGCCGCCAAGAAGCCCCUUGGCCCCUAUGAUGUUCGCAUCGCCGUUCAGAGCACGAACCUCUACCAAGUUGAUCUGGAAACAAUCUUGGGUCGAAGCAGCGAGAGCACUUUGGGUGUUGAUGUCAUUGGCACAGUGGAACGGGUAGGCAAGAGUGUCACCAGGAUCACGGUCGGCAGCCGAGUAGUCGCUUUGGCCAGCGACACGGUCCAGUCGUGGGUGACUGUUGAUCAAAUCUUCGUUCAUGAACUUGACGCCCACUCCAAGAUUCAAGGCUUGAGUCCAACUGCUUUGACCUGCGCAUAUCAUCGCUUCAACAACAUCGCUGGCCUUUCAAGUGGAGAUACCGUCUUCAUACACUGUGCUGCAGGCCCCUUCGGUGAUGCAGCAAUUCGGGUGGCUCAACACCUCGGGGCAACGGUUUUCGUGGGUGCAUGCAAUGCUGAACAGCUUUCCGACCUGCAUCUGCACUAUGGCCUGCCGCUGGAACACAUCGUUGAAAUGAGCAAGAAUGCCUUGACUGAGCAGCUCAUGCACCUGACAGCAGGUAACGGUGUAGACUGCGUGUUCUCGCCAACUCUUGAUCAUUUGGACCAGAGCGCCCAGUGCGUUGGAGACAAUGGCCACAUUUUCCUUGUCAGCAAUACCACGUUGUCCAAAGCAGUCAUCACUCCUCGGUAUGCCAACGUCUCGAUCCACAAGUUCGACCUCUUUGAGGUUGCAAAGAAGCGAACUAAGACUAUCGCAAAGGCGUGGGAGGAUGUGCUCAAGCUCGUUAUGGAGGAUCGGCUCGGAACUCCGUCUCCCAGACUCGUCCGUGAGGAGCGAGUUGAGAACCUCGACCAGCUUUGGGAUUCUAUGGCCGCAAACCCCAGCCGCCACCUGAACACGGUUCAUUUUAGUUCCGAAUCCCACAUUCGGGUCGGCACGAACCCUCUUACUCCUAUGGUUCUAAAGCCGGAUGCGACAUACGUCCUUGUAGGCGGUCUGGGUGGCCUGGGCAAGGCUGUGGCUGGCCUGAUGGCUGACCGCGGAGCCCGCCAUCUGAUCUUUGUUUCUCGCUCAGGCGCGAAGACGCCCGAAGACUUUCAAUUUCUGUCGUCACUAUCACGACGUGGUGUCAAAGCCCUGGUUCUCCGUGUCGACGUCUGUAACGAAGACGACCUUCGCCGGGCCCUUUCCAGCACCGACAUGCCGCCUGUCAAGGGCGCUGUUCAAUGUGCCGCAGUGGUAGCUGAUUCCGUGUGGGAGACCAUGUCGUACGAGGACUGGACAGCCGCUACUUGCCCUAAGACCAUCGGCUCUUGGAACCUGCACAAAUUCCUGCCACAUGACAUGGACUUCUUCAUCUUCUUGUCUUCCGCGUCCGGCGUGAUCGGAAACCGAGGCCAAGCGAACUACGCUGCUGGUAACUGUUUUCAGGACGCGUUGGCCCGCUAUCGCGCAUCCCUCGGCAUGAAGAAUUCCGUUUCCCUCGACCUCGGCCCUGUAAUGGGUGCCGGCAUGUUGGAGGACGAUGAGAAGACCCUAGCUAUUCUUAAGGCCAGCGGUUUCUUCACGGUCUCCCUGGACAACUUCCUGUUCCUCGUGGAGCACGCAAUGGCCGGCUGCGCAAGCGACGCCCUCCGACUGCCCGCCCAGGUCGUCACCGGUGUGGGCACUGGCGGUCUGAUCCUCCAAAACGAAGUCGCCGACCCCUACUGGGCCGAGACCAAGAUGUUCGAAGUCCUCAACCAGGUCGACCUCCCUGAUCUGCAGUCCGACACCUCUGGGGACACGAGCUGGGGCUCCUCCAUAUCCACAAGCAUUUCCUCGCAGAGCAGCGGCAAGGCUCUGGUCGCGGCUCUCAAGUCGGCCGACUCGGUGGACGAGGCUGCCCACGUCGCCUUGCUAGGCUGCGUGGAGUACCUCUCUUUCUCCCUGAGCAUGUCCCCGGAUGACAUGGACGCAGACAAGUCCCUCACGGCAUACGGCGUCGACUCGCUCGUCACGUCCUCUUUCCGCAGUUGGAUCUUCAAGAACACCGGCGUCAAGGUCAGCGAUAUGGAGGUCAUUGGUGCGGCGUCGAUCAUGGAACUGGCACGGUCUAUCGCCGAGAAGGGCUGUUUUGGUGCCCAAGUCUGA